AUGCCCUCCCCGUCCAAGAAGGCUGGCGUUCAGCACCGGAGAGUCCCAACCACCGAGUUCACCGUCGCUUCUUCUGCGCUACUUGCGCGAGGAUGGACGUGCGUUCAGAGUGCCCAUCAGCGCCAGAAGUCUUGCGUCACUGGACGCACCGAGCCCAACGAUUCAUGGGAGAAUACCCCGCCGUCAAUGUCCUCCAUUACUAUCCCCGCCAUGGAAUCCCCAGUCGUUAUCUCUCCUGCUUUCGGGAUGCAUUCUGCAACCACUUCCUGCCUUCCUCCUCUCCGAAGUUCGAAAGGCGAGAGUGUCUGGGCCAAAGAAACGGAGACUGGGGAGAAGGCAGUUAUGAACGUGCCUCCUUCUUAG